GCAGAUAUUAGGCCUGCCAGUCAUAUUAGGCACACGCGAUGGUUGGCCUUUCCUAUUAGGUGUUGCAUUCAUUCCAGCGGUACUCCAGUUAUUAUUGCUUCCCAUGUGUCCCGAAAGUCCCCGAUAUCUACUCAUAAGCAAAGGCAGGAUUACUGAAGCGCGUUAUGCUUUGCAAAGACUGCGCUGCACUUCCGAUGUGGAGGACGACAUCGAAGAGAUGCGAAUCGAAGACAGAGCUCAACAACAAGAAGCCAGAAAAAUGACUAAUUUCUAUAACUUAUUAUCCGUUGCAUUGAUUGAUGUGCUGUAUUAUUAUUGAGAGCUGUGCACUACUAAAACGCCUGUCCCACUAAUGCCUGUAUUGCAGAUAACAAUGUUUCAAUUGAUUGGGAACCGGUCGCUGCAGACGCCGCUUAUAAUUGGCAUAAUAAUGCAAUUGUCUCAACAACUCUCAGGAAUUAACGCUAUUUUUUACUACUCGACGAAUAUAUUCACUUCGGCCGGACUUAGCGAAGAGGUGGCCAAAUAUUCGACGAUCGGUGUCGGCGUUGUGAUGGUCGCCAUGACUCUGGUCUCCAUUAUGCUUAUGGAUAGGACCGGACGCAGGACUUUACAUCUCUAUGGAUUGGGAGGAAUGUUCAUAACAUCAAUGUUUUUGACCAUUUUUCUUCUCUUUGGGUUUUUAUACACAUGGAUGGCAUAUAUGAGUGUCUUCAGUACAAUGAUAUAUGUAGUGUUCUUUGCCAUCGGCCCCGGUUCCAUACCAUGGAUGAUAACGGCAGAGUUGUUCUCACAGGGGCCCCGACCCGCAGCUAUGAGUAUUGCCGUAUUAGUCAAUUGGUUCACUAAUUUUAUGGUUGGUUUAGCCUUUCCAUUAAUGACAGCGUAUAACGAGAACGCGAUUGAAAAGUACUCGUUCUUACCGUUCACUGUAUUUUUGGCCAUAUUUUGGAUUUUUACAUAUUUUAAAGUUCCCGAAACGAAGAACCGAACGUUUGAGGAGAUAUCGGCGCUCUUCAGGAGAGACGACUUCAUAGCCAUAGAUGACGUGCAGUUCUCACACAAAUCAAGCUCUGGUGAUAUGUUUUCGCAUAAGUCAAGCAGUGGUGAUAUCAUCUUCGAUGAGAAGACAUUAGAGUCAUGUUAUCUCCAUCAUCACCAUCACUGCCAUUACGGGGACUCAUCGGACGCUAUACUGCCGCACACGACACCCACUCCUCCCAAUAUAGCGCACACCAGUAGGAAAAAAGUAACCGUCGCUGCGUUUAAUGACAAUGACUUCACUCCCAAUCAUGUGAUCAUCGAAGACCAACUCUGACAAUGACUUGUUCUUACCAUUCAAUGGCCGCACACUUUGUUUUCUCUCGUUUUUCUCAACAAAAUUCAAACUCUUCGACACAAAACAUAUGUUUUCCAAAACUAAUAGUUUUCAAACAAAUUGUGUAAAUAAGACUUCUAUUAUAUAUAAUAUAUAGUGUUUUAGAAGAUGAGUGAAUGAAUGGCUGUUAUAAUCAAAAACACUGUUGUUUUUAAAAAUAAGAAAAAUAAGUUUUCUUCUCGUUUUCUCUCAACCGAUAAAACAAAGAGAUUUUACAAACAAAAUGAAAAUCAAAUGUUUGAACCGAAUCGUCGGUAUUUGGGGACAGCAUUACCUCUACUGCUCAACAAAUCACACAAAAACCCAUUAGAAAUAUGAUCUGUAAAUAUAGUGUAUAAAAAACUAAUGCCCAGAAUUGAGUGCCGAUUCCGCACACAAACACUUCGCACACAUCUAAAAGAGUGCCAACAAUUCAAUUAAACCAUUCAAACAUUAAUUCAUACAAAACGCAUAACGAGAACACCAAAAGUAAAAACUAAUUAUCAUAACAUGUGUCCGGCUUUUCGCCCAUUCAUACCAUCAGCGCAUCCAUUGAAAUACAAACUCGAAGACUAAAUAAAAGUUUUUAAUUAGAGAUAAAAUAAUUGUUGAGUUUUGUGUUUCGUCUCAUACCAGAC